AGGCCGGCUCACAAAAGUUGUAACAACAAUGGAAUGAAAUUAAAUGAAUGGAGUCAAGAGUGGCGAAGGGAUACGAACACUACUUUUAUUGACAUAAACAGGACAGACUGUAAUUACUGCAGUUCUCUUCUCUCUUUAAUUACUGAACCCAAAAAAUGUUCUGAAGUUCCACAAGAGGACGCUAGUAAUCCAUCCCCAUCGCAGGGCUCACACACACACACAUUCGCUCUGGCAAUUGUGUCAUCAGAACUGAUUGCCUUUUCGUUGUGGGAGGAAACCAGAGCACCCAGAAGAAACCCGCACAGACACGGGCAGAAGAACAGCUAUGUACAGCCCGAGCCGGAUUCAUAUCCACUCCAAAGAGCUCAGGUGCUCCGAGGUCAUCGCUACCCGCUGCGCCGCCGUGCCGUCUUGAUCAGAAACCAGGGAAUUUAUCGUUAAUGUUAAUUUGGUGAUCUGAUGCCACCUUAUGAUGUUAGGUCGUUCACUUUACAGCGAUUUAUCCGCUCCUACAUCGGGCCUACCGUAUGAGUUAAUUUCAGCUGAUGUUUGGGUGUUAACUCUCCCCCCGUUUUUGUCCCCCAACAAAAGACAGGUUGUGAAGCUGCUGAAUGUAGAGUAAGUACCCUGUUGAGGGUCACUAGAGCUCGAGUGCAGUUCAGGCUAGGAUCCUGCAGUCUGCUAGACAGCAUCUCGAAAUACCACGAAACAUGGUGCUCGAGGACCCAGCGCGGUCUCAGUUUUUAAACUGCGAGAUGAUGCCCACAGAGGGCCUUACGUGUCGGCCGCUGUUUCUUCUGCCACGGGCGCCGCAAAGAAAUGGGUGCGGCUCAUCGCUGUGCUGAAUCCGAGAAACGUGAGACCUCGUGCUCGGCAAGAUCCUGUGGUCUUUCAAUGCGAAAGGAUUGUGUGUCCAAACAAACACGCUUCAACCAGUCGGUGGUAUGGAAAGCAACCUGCAUCAUACCUUCUUGUGUGUGUCUGUACAGUCAUAGCAUAGUUUUUCUUCAGUCAUAGAAGAUAUCAUAGUCAUUGCAUCAUUUUUUGUCUUUGAGUUUGACAGUGUUCUGCCAUCUCUACUAUGAUUGCACCUGCUGAGCAAUCCAUCCUGGAGAAGACAUGUGCAGGAAUGUUCUGGUGGCCCUGUCCAGUGUACAAGUGGCGUCUCAUCUGUUCUGCUCGAGUGAAGGGGCAGCGUGUUGGCGCCAUGCCUCGGAUGUUCAGGUGUAGGUUUGGAUCCAGCUCGGCCUGUGUGCGGUUUGUCGUCUUCUCCCUUUGUCUCUCUGGGUUUCCUCCCACAGCCCAAAGGCGUCCUUCUCCGAGAAAAGGCAGUGAAGCACUCUUGAGUGGAGACACUUUCAACAAUGUGAUGAGUCCCGGAACCCGUGUUUACCCAUUCAGUUUGCAGAUUCCAGAGGGGAAUUUUCCCUCUUCCUUUAAAGGUGUACAUGGGUAUAUCACCUACACACUGGAGGCAAAAUUGAGCAGAUCGAUGAGGAUACCAAGUGGUGCAAAGGCUGAAUUCACCAUCUAUUCGAAGCCCUCCAUGAAUACUAACCAGUUGAUGGAACCGCUGUUUGGUGCCGUGCAGAAAAAGAUGAAAUUUUUCACUUCUGGAACUGUCUCCAUGAAUGUUACUGUGGACAAGGCAGGCUACGUCCAAGGCGAAAAGUUAAACAUCUCAGCAGAAGUUGAGAACAAUUCUUCUCGUACACUCAAGCCCAAGUUCUCUCUAGACCAAAAGCAGAGUUUUUUCGCUCAACGAUCAUCGGAAAUUGUAAGAAAGAGUAUUUUCAAAGAGAUUGGGGAACCCAUUCCCCCUUCAGCCCAAAAAAUUGUACAGAAGGAACUGAUAAUUCCACCGGACCUCCCUGCUUCCAUCCUGAACUGUUCUCUCCUUAAAGUGGAGUACAUUUUGAAGGUCUACCUGGAUGUUCCCUAUGCUAGAGACCCAGAAGUAGAGUUUCCACUGGUCAUUCUUCCUAACACUUAUGCAUUUGGUCCAGUGACUGCGUCCAAUGUGGCCAUAGGAUUUGAACCAUUUCAGGGGUGGCAUAGCCAACUAUCCCAUGUUGCACCUGGAUUAGGUCAACCCCAGAAUACUCCUGCAGCACAGCCUCCAGGGGCUGCUUUUGGAUUCUACCCCCCACCUCAAUAACUGAUUUAGGAGUAGGGUACUUUUUUCUGUUCCCUUAUUUCAAUGUAUUAUAGUUUAUUUGGAUUUCAUUUAAUUUCUUUACCUAAUAUGGUUUUCAUUUCAUCACUGGAAUUGCAUUUCAUUGGACUUCAUUGGCUGAUUUGGCAUUUAAUUUCUAUAAGCAUUAGGAACCAAAAGGCCAAAAAUGAAGGAAUGUUUUACGAUAAUCCAUAUUGUUGGUUUAAUGCUUUCUGGAUAGCCUCCAGACCACAGUAACUCUACAUUGGACUAUUAAUAACUAUACUGGUGCAUGAUAAUCAAUGUAUAGAUGAAUGGUAAUAUAACAUUAAAAGCUAGAGAAAAUAAUUAAAUAUUUUCAUGUAUGAAAAUAACUUAACAGUUUACUAUUUUAAUUAUGAAUUUUAAUUUGCUGUUAUUUUAUUCACACACACAAUGUCUACAACCUUUUGUCC